AUGAGAUCUCUUUACUUUCUGAUGGUGGUUUGCCUGUUGAAGAUAUGUUAUGGAGAGAUAAAGUGUCCGAAAUCAUUCAAGUACACGUUGAAGUUGAACAAGGAAGGAAAGACUGAAAAGAUGGAUCUGCCUUUGACGAGACAAGACUCUGGCAAGUGCAUCUAUGAGGGCAAGAGAAAUACACAGAUCGAAGGCCAAGUUUCUGAUGAACCAGGGAAAAAAAUCGUUUGGAGUGGCAAAUUCAGAGUAGAAAACUUUGGUUACACCCUAGAGCUGUUCACUGGCCAGUGGAUUUGCCCUAUAUACUGCGUUCAUACAAUGAUUGAUGGUGUUGACUACGUUGUCUGUGAUAAAAUCACGGUAUACUGA